ACACCUACCUCAUAACCCCUCAUCUAUAUAAACUCAGUAUUCGCUCAUCCAAUCCAUUCAAUCCAAGCUACAUUUUUUUCCAUUGAAAUCAAACUGCACAAAAUCAAACAUGGCUCUCCAAAUCAUGAAACCACUUCUUUUCACUCUCACAACAAUAUCACUUAUUGCAAUCACAAAACACUUCUCUUCUAACUAUCUCUCCAUUGCUAGUGCCACCAUCAUCUCUUCUCUCAUCAUGUACUUGUUCUUUUCCAAUUCUAAAAACAACUCUGCACCUCUCCCUCCAGGGCCUCACUCCUUCCCUAUAUUUGGCAACUGGCUCCAAGUUGGCAACGACCUCACGCACCGUCUCUUAGCAUCCAUGUCACAAACCUUUGGCUCCGUGUUUCUCCUCAAACUCGGUUCCAAAAACUUGAUCGUGGUGUCUGAUCCUCAACUCGCCUCCGAAGUCCUCCACUCAAAAGGCGUGGAAUUCGGUUCUCGGCCGCGAAAUGUAGUGUUCGACCUCUUCACAGGGAACGGCCAAGACAUGGUUUUCACAGUGUACGGUGAACACUGGCGAAAAAUGCGCAGAAUCAUGACACUGCCCUUCUUCACCAACAAGGUUGUCCAGAAUUACAGCAGCAUGUGGGAGCAAGAGAUGGACCUUGUGGUUCGCGACCUCAAUGCCAACGAGAAAGUGAGAAGCGAAGGGAUUGUUAUCAGAAGGCGUCUCCAGCUGAUGCUCUACAACAUCAUGUACAGGAUGAUGUUUGAUGCCAAGUUUGAGUCCUUAGAAGACCCUUUGUUCAUUCAGGCCACAAGGUUCAACUCUGAGAGAAGCCGUUUAGCACAGAGUUUUGAGUACAAUUAUGGAGAUUUCAUUCCAUUGCUAAGACCCUUCUUGAGAGGCUACCUGAACAAGUGCAGGGACUUGCAAACUAGGAGGUUGGAAUUUUUCAACAAGAACUAUGUUGAGGGAAGAAGAAAAAUCAUGGCUGCCAACGGGGACAAGCACAAGAUAGGCUGUGCAAUGGAUCACAUCAUAGAAGCUGAGAUGAAAGGAGAAAUCAGUGAAGAGAAUGUGAUUUACAUUGUAGAGAACAUCAAUGUUGCAGCAAUAGAGACAACACUGUGGUCCAUGGAGUGGGCAAUUGCAGAGGUUGUUAAUCAUCCAAUUGUUCAAAGCAAGAUGCGUGAGGAGAUAUCAAGUGUGCUUAAAGGGGAGCCAGUGACAGAGUCCAAUCUACACAGACUACCAUAUUUGCAAGCCACUGUGAAAGAGACAUUGAGACUUCACACUCCAAUUCCUCUAUUGGUGCCACACAUGAACCUGGAAGAGGCACAGCUAGGAGGAUAUAGAAUUCCUAAGGAAUCUAAGGUGGUGGUGAAUGCUUGGUGGCUUGCUAACAACCCAGCAUGGUGGAAGAAUCCAGAGGAGUUCAGGCCAGAGAGGUUCUUUGAAGAGGAGCAUGGAACAGAAGCUUCUGUAGGAGGGAAUAAGGUUGAUUUUAGAUUUGUGCCAUUUGGUGUUGGGAGGAGGAGUUGCCCUGGGAUCAUACUUGCAUUGCCAAUAUUGGGAAUUGUCCUUGCAAAGUUGGUGUCAAAUUUUGAGAUGAAGGCUCCAAAUGGAACAAAGGUAGACAUGACUGAAAAAGGAGGACAAUUCAGCUUGCACCUUGCAAACCACUCCACUGUUCUGUUCCAUCCAAUAAAAUAGGAGGACUCCCUUGGGUCUGCAAAACAAUAGGCAGAUGAAGAAAUCUCAUGUUUAAUAUUUUGUAAUUCUUUCUAUUUCAUUGAUUCUAUUCUUGUUAUGCUUCUUAUAAUGUAACUUUGAAUUCUGUUGUAAAAUGUAGUUUUUCUUCAGCUUUUUAUACAAGAGGUUAUCUAAUUUACACUCA